CUAGCUAAACAGGCUAGCUGCUUCAUGCAUCUGUGUGGCCGUUCAGCAUCAGAAACAAGUCGGCAGCCGCAUUUAAAACGUGCGGCUGGGUUGUUGUAAAGAGUGCAGGGUCUCUUCUUCCCCGUCACCAUGGACGAGGAGUAUUACAGCGGCAGCGGAGACUGGGAGGGCACGGAGGGGAGCAUGGAGGACGGUUAUGGUGAAGGAGAAAAUGACGGGAAAAUCCAAGAAGAUUGUUUGACAAAAUUCUCCAGUCGGGAUUACAUCAUGGAGCCCGCAAUCUUCAACACCCUCAAAACGUAUUUCCAAGCAGGUGGCUCUCCAGAGCAUGUCAUCCAGCUUCUCUCUGAAAACUACUCUGCUGUGGCUCAGACUGUGAAUCUGCUGGCUGAGUGGCUCAUCCAGAUGGGUGUAGAGCCAGCUCAGGUCCAAGAGCGUGUAGAAAAUCACCUGAAGAGUCUCCUGAUAAAGCACUUUGACCCCCAGAAAGCUGAUUCUAUCUUCACUGUUGAGGGAGAGACGCCUGCUUGGCUUGAGCAGAUGAUAGCGCACACAACGUGGAGAGAUCUUUUCUACAAGCUGGCAGAGGCUCACCCCGACUGCCUGAUGCUCAACUUCACUGUGAAGCUAAUUUCAGAUGCGGGUUACCAGGGAGAAAUCACCAGUGUGUCUACAGCAUGUCAGCAGCUGGAGGUUUUCUCCCGGGUGUUGAGGACGUCUUUGGCCACACUGUUGGACGGAGGAGAAGAAAACCUGGAGAAGAACCUGCCAGAAUUUGCUAAGAUGGUGUGUCAUGGCGAGCACACCUACCUGUUUGCUCAGGCAAUGAUGUCCAUCCUUGCACAAGAGGAGCAGGGUGGAUCAGCCGUUCGUAGGAUCGGUCAGGAGGUGCAAAAGUCUGCACAUGAGAGAGGUCAUGAUGCCAGUCAGAUAACCCUCGCGCUCGGUACGGCAGCAGCCUACCCUCGAGCCUGCCAGGCGCUGGGCGCCAUGUUGUCCAAAGGAGCCCUGAAUCCUGCUGAUAUUACAGUUCUGUUCAAGAUGUUCAGCAGCAUGGACCCUCCCCCUGUCGAGCUGAUCAGAGUGCCUGCCUUCCUGGACCUGUUCAUGCAGUCACUUUUUAAGCCUGGAUCAAAGAUCAACCAAGACCACAAACACAAAUACAUCCACAUCUUGGCCUAUGCUGCCAGUGUGGUCGAGACAUGGAAGAAGAACAAGCGAGUCAACAUCAAUAAAGACGAGCUAAAGUCGACUUCCAAGGCCAUAGAGACUGUCCACAACCUGUGCUGCAACGAGAACAAAGGAGCUACAGAGCUGGUGGCUGAACUCGGCACUUUGUACCAGUGCAUCAGGUUUCCAGUAGUAGCUAUGGGAGUUCUGAAGUGGGUGGACUGGACAGUGUCUGAGCCGCGGUACUUCCAGCUCCAGACAGACCACACUCCAGUCCAUUUAGCUUUACUGGAUGAGAUCUGCACGUGUCAUCAGCUGCUGCACCCGCAGGUCCUCCAGCUGCUCAUCAAGCUCUUUGAGACGGAGCACUCGCAGCUGGACGUCAUGGAGCAGUUGGAGCUGAAGAAGACGCUGCUGGACAGAAUGGUUCACCUGCUGAGUCGUGGCUACGUCCUGCCUGUCGUCGGUUACAUUCGCAAGUGUCUCGAGAAGCUCAACACGGAUAUCUCCCUCAUCAGAUAUUUUGUCACUGAGGUGCUGGAUGUGAUUGCGCCUCCCUACACAUCAGACUUUGUUCAGCUCUUCUUGCCCAUCCUGGAGAAUGACAGCAUUGCAGGAACAAUCCGGACAGAAGGAGAACACGAUGCUGUUGCUGAGUUCAUUGCUCAUUGCAAGGCAAACUUCAUCAUGAUCAACUGACGUGGAAACAACACUGAAAGCCGUUUAAUGGAAGAUUGUAAAAGGAAGACCAGAGGAGAUAGAAGAUCUGUUAUCUCGAUGAUAACGCCAGGCUCUGCUUGACACUGAAGCACAGACCUUGGAGACUGAUUUUUCAGUUUAACCAAGUGAGUGGAGAUUGGAUUCUGCUGCAGCAACAAAAAGGCAAAUGUCACUGAGCAGAUCGAACGACAGGAAACACAGAAAUAAGACAGACUGGUCGAUGGAAAAAGCCUCUGAAGAUGCAGCUAAAUGUUUCUUUUUCACCUGUAUAUUUGAUUUUCUAUAUUUUAUGUUGGUUCAAGCUGUUUUGAAAUAAAAAGCUAA